ACACUCAUUUUCUCUCUCCUCCCCGCGAUGAAGCACUAUGUUUUUUGAUUUUCAACCCGACCACGAGGACCUUCCCUUCGAGGAGGACGUCUUGAGCAAUCCGUAUAGCGUACCGUCCUGGUGGCGAUACAUCCAAAAUCUGCACUCGUCGGAUCCCAAUCGUCGCUUUUGGCUGUAUGAGCGAGCGUUGUCCGAGGUUCCAGGAUCUUACAAGCUAUGGUACCAUUACCUCGCGGAGCGCGAGGCCGCCCUGGAAAACUUUCCUGUGGUUCACCCUUAUUUCGAUCAGCUUAUUCACGUGUUCGAGCGCGCAUUGGCGUAUAUGCACAAGAUGGUCCGAAUAUGGAUCAUGUUCUUGACAUUCUUAUCUUUCAAGCGCAAGCUGGUUGUGUUGGCUCGUCGCUCGUUCGACCAGGCGUUGAUGGCUUUGCCGGUUAGCCAACACGAGCGGAUUUGGAAAAUUUACGUCGAAUUCGUCCGCCAAGAACACAUUCCAAUUGAAACGACUAUUCGCGUUUAUCGUCGCUACUUGAAAUUUGAGCCUCAUGAGGCCGAGCCGUACAUUGACUUUUUGAUCGACGUCGCCGACCAGCCGGACGAGGCGGCUCGGUACAUCAUUGACCUGAUAAACGACGAACAUUACGUCUCCCGACAAAAGCAGACGAAGUACGAUCUUUGGAUGAAACUCUGCAAAGUGGCAAGCCAAAACCCAGACAGAAUAACCGUUCCGGUAGAAUCGAUCAUGUAUUCCGCAUGCAAGAAAUUCAAACACGAGGUAGGCAGGCUGUGGGUCCUGCUCUUGGGAUACUACAUAGGUCUGGGAGAGUUCGCAAGGGCCUACAGCAUCUUCUGGGAAGCACUGCGUUCUAUUUCGACAAUGAGGGACUUUGCCAUCGUAUGGGAUGCAUACACGGAAUUUGAAUACAAGUUGAUAUCGCUUAAGUUGAAGUCUGUUCUGGCAGAGGAAGUAAAGCCCGGACAAGAGGGUUUGGCGAACAACGUCACUGAGGAAGAGACGAGUCAACCAAGUGAUGCGGAAUCAGCAAAAGAAAGUACAAGGGCCAAUGAAGAAAAAUCGACGUCUAAUCAAAUGGAUCUGGACGACGAAAACCAUUCCAAGCAAGGGCUACCCAAAACAACGGAUGCAGACGUCACGCUCUCUCUUCCUCCUUCCGCAUCUUCUUUGCUCAACUCGGACGACUUUGUUUUGCACCUCGCUCGCUAUGAGGAUCUUCUUUCUCGCCAACCUUUUUUGCUUUCGGACGUCCUUCUCCGACAAAACUGCCAUAACACGAUGGAAUGGCACCGACGCGUUUCCCUGUACCACGAUGACCCAAAAAAACAAGUAGCCGAAUUCACGCGUGCUCUGACGACUCUAGAUCCCCUGCAGGCAACCGGAAAGCCGUACACUCUGUGGACUCGAUUCGCUCGCUUCUGGGCCAACCACGGCCAAGUUGAUAGCGCUCGAAAGGUUUACGAAAAGGCCGUCCAGGCCUCGUUUAAGUCGGUCGAACACUUGGAAAUGGUUUGGGUUGACUACCUGGAGUUCGAAUUGUUGCUUCUUGACCAGCAAUCGCCAGAUGAACAAAUGGACACCUCUCGCGUUCGCGAGCUUAUACAGCGCGCAACGGCCAUCCCUCCUGACCACAAAAUGAUUAUAAAGCAACUCAGAGACAAGAAAAAGGGAGGCCAGUCGAGAAAAUCCCGUACAACACUUUCGUCGCACAAAGAGCAGUUGCGCGAUGAGUCCUUCUCUGACGUCGAGCUUUCUCCGAAGCGGCUCCUGUUUCUCCAAAUCAACCUCUGGAAUCUGUAUGCAGACAUCGAAGAAUCCUACGGAACGUUCGAGUCAACACGAGCGGUGUACGAUAAAAUAUUAGAACUAGGAAUUGCGACGCCCUUGACAAUUUUGAACUACGCUCAGUGGCUACAAGAACACUGUUGCUUCGAAGACAGCUACAAGGUGUAUGAGCGCGGCGUGGAUAUCUUCCCGUUUCCCCAUGCUUUCGAUUUGUGGGUGACUUAUUUGUCGCAAUUCAUAGCACGCAAUCGCGGGCAGUAUUUGGAACAUCUGUCUCGCGUGUGUGAACAAGCGAUUCAAGAUGUGCCGCCGCAAUAUGCAAAGCCGCUGUACUUGAUGUACGCAGAAUUUGAGGAGGAAUAUGGGAUGGCGCGCCACACUAUGUACGCUUACGAGCGGGCGAUUCGAGUCGUACCCGAUUCUCAAAAAAGCUCGAUAAUGAACAUUUUUUUGAAAAAAGCGGCCCAAUUUUUCGGUAUUGCGAGGGUGAGACAGAUUUUCGAGAUGGCCAUCCAGACAUUUCCAGACAAGGACAUUCGAUCUUACUGUUUGCGCUACGCCUCCCUGGAACGCCGCCUGGGCGAGCUGAAUCGAGCGCGGGCCAUUUAUAUGCACUGCGCUCAGUUCUGCGAUCCCAGAGCCGAUACUGAAUAUUGGCAGAUUUGGAAAGAGUUUGAAGAAACCCACGGCAAUACCGACACAUUUAAAGAGAUGCUGAGAAUCCGUCGAUCCGUCAUGACUCAAUAUGGACAUACCAUUAACCUCGCAAUCAGUGAACAGUUACUGCGACAGGCCAAGGCGCUAAACGAAGGCACUAACCUUAACGCCGCAGACAACACCGUUAGUAGUUCAACAGGUGACAAUUGCGCCACUUCUACUAAUUCUGUUUCUGAACCUCCUCCUGAGUCUCAAGACAUUCAGUCAGCCAAUAUCUCUCUGAAUGCUGAAGAGAUCACCUUAGAUAUGGACGACGCCGAAUCGCUCGUGCUUCCGGCCGCUCACGCCGAGCAACUGACCAGCGAAGAGCGAGACGUUUCCGCGCAUGUGUCUAAUCCCAGCACUACGAGUGAAUUCCUCAUCGAGCAGGCGGCCGUUCCCGCAGCUGUUUAUGGUGGGCUAGCACCUCCUGAUGAGAAGGUUGAGGGCGCAAAAGAGAGACUCAGAAAGAGAAAAAGAUAGAGUGUAUGGCAAGAAACGAACGAGCUGUUAAUAAAGUUCCAAGAAAGUUGAGAGCACGAGGCAAAAACGCGCAUUGGGCAUGGCACACCGCGGGCAAGACAACGCCAGGCAUGUUUUGAUAAUUCGUCAGAGACUUCAGAAAAAAAUCGAAGAUGCCAAGCAGCUCUUAUGGCAGCGCAAUCAAACGAUUGCUUGACUAAAGGAAAAAACAUGGGAGAAGAUUACAUGAUGGCUGCCCUGCUCCGAGCCAAAUAUAUAUAUACAUAUAUGUACACAAAU